UGUCGCUGUUCCCGAUCCUAUAUAUGCAUCUGAUGCAGCGGAGCCCCGUUCUUCAUGGAGAUCUUCAAACAUCCUCCUCCAGCGCGAAUAAACGCCUCUGGACUGAAAUAAACUCUCGGUCUUUGAGAUUUUCAGCGGUGAACAGAUUCAGCACUCCUGCUCCAUUCAAGUUAAAGAUGCCCUACCCACCAACCCAGUGACUCCAAGAAAAGCCUUCAACAUUCCCACUGAAUCCCUCAUCCACGAUGAACGCUUCAGAGGCCACCCUGUCCCUUUGGGCCAUCCAUGUCAACUCCAGUCCCAUCUCGUACCUCCUCAACGCCACUGAGACCCCAUCCCACGCCAAGCCCAAAGCAUGCGAGCAGCUCAACAUUGCCACCGAGGUGUUCCUCAUCCUCGGCAUCGUCAGUCUGCUAGAGAACAUCCUGGUCAUCUGCGCCAUAGUGAAAAACAAAAACCUACACUCGCCAAUGUACUUCUUCGUCUGCAGCCUGGCCGUGGCCGACAUGCUGGUGAGCGUCUCCAAUGCUUGGGAGACCAUCGUCAUCUACUUACUCACCAACCGCCAGCUGGUGGUGGAGGACCAUUUCAUCAGACAGAUGGACAAUGUUUUUGACUCUAUGAUCUGCAUCUCUGUGGUGGCAUCCAUGUGUAGUCUUCUAGCUAUAGCCGUUGAUCGCUACGUCACGAUUUUUUACGCUUUACGAUAUCAUAAUAUCAUGACGGUGCGCAGGGCAGCGCUAAUCAUCGGCGGGAUUUGGACCUUCUGCACCGGCUGUGGAAUUGUCUUCAUUAUCUAUUCCGACAACACAUCUGUCAUUGUGUGCUUGGUCUCCAUGUUCUUCAUCAUGCUCGCGCUCAUGGCCUCCCUCUACAGCCACAUGUUCAUGCUAGCGCGUUCUCACGUCAAACGCAUCGCCGCCCUGCCAGGCUACAACUCCAUCCACCAAAGAGCCAGCAUGAAGGCAGCCGUCACCCUGACCAUUCUUCUGGGGAUCUUCAUCGUCUGCUGGGCUCCAUUCUUUCUCCACCUCAUCCUUAUGAUCUCCUGUCCCAGAAACCUCUACUGCAUGUGCUUCAUGUCGCAUUUCAACAUGUACCUCAUCCUCAUUAUGUGCAACUCAGUCAUCGACCCACUCAUUUACGCUUUCAGGAGUCAGGAGAUGCGGAAAACACUUAAGGAAAUCAUCUGCUGCUACAGCCUGAGGAACGUCUUUGGAAUGUCCAGGUAGUUUAAAAACCCAACAAAUGAGAGAUGGAUUAUCAUUUCACAAGAAUUUAAGAAGUCUGAGAAGAAGGUCCCAACCCUGUUUUGAUCUAGAAGGAAAAUCAGAUUUGUGUGAUGACACCAUCUACUCGCUUUUUAUCUUCUAUCAUACAAACUCUUUCAAGAAACUUGAAAAAAGCUGAUUAAUCAAGAACUCUUCAAUGCACAACAGAAUGCCUAAUGAAACAGUCGUUGAUAAUAUAUGUAGAUAUUGCUGGAGAAUUAAGGAGGCCUUAGAACUAUGGAACAAUUUAAUCCUCAACAGACGACGUGAUUUAACAUCACAGUCUCCAGGGAUACGCAGGAGCCGUCGAUCAAAGCCUGUGGGAAAAAAACAAGUGCAAUCAUUUGUCAAAUUAACAAUGCAAAACAGCCUGUUGUCAUAUUGUAUAGGUAAGAUGAUACUGUAAUAAUGCAUGCAAUUUACAUUGCUGAACGCGCUCUGUGGUUGGCAUUGAAAGUGAGAAAGUGUGAACCACUCUAUUGAGUCCCAAGAUGAAAUUCAAUGCCGGCAGUCUUCAGUUUAUAUACAGAUAUUGCAAGACAGAACAUGAAGUACACUUAUAUAAGAAAAUGGAGGCAGACUAACUGUGGCAAAAAUGGGUUUACUGUCAUGCUAUUAAAAAAUUCUGCUUAAGGUUUCAAGGCCUAUCAUGUCAAUACCAAUUUUUCUACCGUCUGUAAAGGCAUCAGGAGUUUUGUAAUAGAUGAAAUCGAAAUGUUCCACAUAUGCCUGUAUAAUAAUGUCCGUGUAUUUAUGUAGCUGCAGCAACAAAAUAAAAAACAGACUUAUAUAUUGAUACAAAAAAAGCAUACCAGAGAAAAUAAGCUCUGCCUUAUUAUACUGUGCAACUACUGAAAUAAAAAGCAAAAUAUCAUUAGUAUUGCUGACUUGUCAUCACAAUUAAAGCAUUUGUGGAUAUGCUGGCAAUUUAUAUACUAUUAUAGUAAGCACGAAUGUGUACUUGAAGAUGGGGGUCUGCAGUUAUUCUCAUUCGAUGUAUUUACCACUGACCCUUCAAAUGACAUUAAUUUCUAUGGCUUUUAAAAAAAUGUUUUUGCUAUGAAGUUUCAGGGUGAAAAUCUGUGUUUUUGUUGUUUGUCAUUAUGCUGCUUACCGUCUACAGCCACUGAAUAAGUAAAUAUGUACAGAUAGGAGGUAAAAGCAAGUGUUUUGUUGGUUGUUUUUGCUGUGUUCAAUCAGUCACUAACAGUGAAGACUAGCAAAUAACCAGAUAUAAAACGAGGACUAAAUUACAUGCAGGUUUCCAUUGAUUAAUCAAUGUGUAAUGACUACAAACCACGUUAACCUAGACUACAUGCACCUGUUUUUUUAACCUGGUUGACCAAAUGCAAUUAUAUUAAUAUAUAUAGAAGACAAGGGCUAGUUGUCACACUAAUUUCCACAGUAAAUAUUUCUCAGGGGGGUAUAUGUAAUAAUAAAUUCCUACAUACUCUGCCUGAAAAAAGGUACAUAAGCUGUCACUGGGGCUGUACCUGCUAAUAUGCAUGCUUUAGGGGUAAAAGGUACUGUGUCACUAACAGCUUUUGUACCUUUCUUCCCUUAGAGUGUAUAUUAUAGUAUAUUAGAAACAUGAACAAGUUGGUAUGAUUAUUUAGGGUCUUUGUGAAAUGUCUGCAACGAAAUUUGGCUAAAAUUCCUCAAUGGUCGUGUUAAACAUCACCCUUUUUACCAUGUCAAAAACAGCUCUGUUCACAGCGACCAGUUUUGGUGCAUGUCUCUUUACAUGAUAAUGAGCUCUGCUCACCCCGCCCCUAUCUUCUGUAUUUGGUGGCAUGUACAACUGGAGGGUGGAAAUAUGCAAAUACAGGACAGUCUGUCAGGAGCUGUGGGCGGGGCUUGAUAAAUAUGUCAUCAUAUUGCUCAGAAAAUCAAAACGACAUGAUAACUGAGACCGUUUAGGUUUUUUGGAGAGUGAAUAGAUUUUAAUCAUUAAUGCAGGGUGGAUGCAAACACCAUGUAAAAGUGAAUUUUGCAUCCAAAGUCACCUUUAACAAAAUUUGACAACUUCAUUUAUCCAACAGAUAUAGCAGAAAUAUCAUCAUUUUUGUUUGGAGGAUAAAAUUAUGAUUAUGACAUUUACUGUAUGAAUGUUUUAAACUAAAUGUUAUAGAGGUUUAAAGAAAACAGUUUAAUCGGCUUUUGACUUAAAGUAAAUAAGAUAUAACUGUUGUGACAACUAGCCCUGUCUUCCUCUAGAAACUAUUAUCCAACAGCCUACAAAAUGUACAUUAGAUGUCAUAUGCGAGGCUGGUUAUGCUAUGUAAAUUCUAUGAAAUAUUUUAUAUAUAUAUAUAUAUAUAUAUAUAUAACUUACAGUUGGAUUCCUGUAGUAUUCUGGUUGAUUCUUGUCUUGUAUUCACUUCUAAUGAAGUCAGAGUUUAAAAGUGUAAGUAUUUCGUCUCUAUUGCUUGAACUGUCUAAAUAUGCUCAGUUUGGCUGUUCGUCGGCUUGAUUUUUCCCUCUUCGCUUUGGCUCUAAGUGGUUUAGAUCAUUUCAGUCAAGUCUCUCAAGUGAAAUGACAUCCCUCCUUAAACGGGCUCAUGAUGGUAAUCAUCGAAUGUGCCUUCACUGUGUUUCAAAAAUGACCUGGAGGUUGUCUGAUCUGUCCACCCGGUCUUGCUGUGGUACAUUAACUGCUCAGGUCUGCUGGCUCUCCAUGAAGAAUCAAUGACAAUCUAUCUCUAAACCCCUUGCUGUUUCACUGAAAACAGCUUGAAUCCCAUUCCACACAAAAUAAUUUGCUCUGGAGUGGUUUCACAUACACAGACAAUGAUUAGACAAAUAAUGCUAUAAUUAAAAUAAAUAAAUAAAUAAAUAAAAACCCAAACAUCCAAAGUGUCACUCAAUACAGACAUUAAUGUUUCAAAAAUACGUUUUUCAUUUUUGUAUUGGGUGAAACAGCUGGUAAGUCAUCUUGAUCUGAGUGAACAGCAGUAUUGCUCCUCACACUGUGAUAAAUGCUCUGUGUUAUGCUGUGUAAUAUCUUAUUUUCAUGUAAUUGGUUGCAUGUAUAAUUAAACUAUUAG